CAGAAUAGAAAACCCGAGUACACAAUGGGGUCGCGUAUAUCGUAUAUAAAUUCAUCAUUUUUUCCCACAUUUGUCAUCUGAGGCCCUUCUUCUCUACUCUACCAAGCAACAAAUCUAAAGAAGACGAAAAAUGCCUUCCCUUCAGACAGCACUGCCUCCUGAACUUGCCAACAAUGUGAUCCGACUCUAUCGUGAGUGCCUUAGAAGAGCCCGCUUCAUUGGUCACUGGCAACACAAUACGGAGCUCGUUGUUGAUAUGGUUAGGCAGCAGUUCAAGAAACACAUGCAUGAAACAGAUCCUGAGAAGAUACAAAAAUUAAAGGAUGACGCUGCAAGGGGUCUUAUCAAUCAUAUCCUCUACGAGUCUGAGAAGAUGUCGGGUCGCAAAUUCAGUAGCGCCUGAUAUUUGUUGGAAACCCAUCAAAUUCCAUGCACUUGCACUGUUAACUUCUUUAGUGUUAUUUUGUUUUGUUUUUUGUUUUUUUGUUUCUUCCCUACAUGAUCAUGGAAGAAAUAUUGAAUUUAUAAGCUCCCUUUUCUCUGAAAUAUGAACAAUCUAAGACUCUUGUUGGAAA